AUGGCUUCCGGCAUUCCCUCUCUGCUUUUCUGUCUGCUUCUUGCUGCUCCUCACCUUGGCAGCUCUUACCACACCAAUGGUGGAAAGCACUUUGUUGUCCGCUCAUCCGAUUGGAGGAGUCCGUCGACCUGCUCGCCCGUCCCUUCUGAUGGAGGACGGCUGCCGGUAAUGCAUCGGCUUAGCCCGUGCGCUCCUGCUUCUGGCGCCGGUGCCGGUUCGGGCCAAAGCAUGCCCUCGAUCAGCGACGCCCUCCGCCUGCGCGCCCUCUUCGGCGAUUCAGGCGACUAUAAAAAGUCCGGGGUGACGAUCCCCUCGAUCGGAACCCCACUCCAGUCUCUUCCGGGCGCAUCAGAGUACCACGUCACCGUCGGCUACGGCACCCCGAUCCCGUGCGGCUCGAGAAACUGCCCGCUGAGCGACUGCUCCGGACCCAGCUGCACGGCAACCCUGAAAAAGAAGGGCGCCGUCGUGCUCAACGCCACCUUCGUCACCGACACGCUCACGGUCUCACGGUCGGUCGCCGUGGACGACUUCAGGUUCGUCUGCUUGGAGACGCGCGGCGCCAGCACGGAGGGCCGCUCGUCGGGAGUCCUCGACCUCAGCCGGGACCCCCACUCGCUGGCGUCGCGGGUCGUUCUCUCGCCGGACACGGUCGCCUUCUCCUACUGCCUGCCCUCGGCCUUCCCCUACUCGGCGGGCUUCCUCUCCUUCGGCGCCACGCGCCCGAACAUAGUGAGCUACGCCACCCUA